GGCAGCUGCGCAUCCAGAGUGCUGAACUUCUAAGAGCUUAGAACGAAGGCAACACAAGGGCUGCAUAACUCUGAAAACUCUGCCAGUCUGUGCCUAAAGAGAGUUGUUUUGUGCAGUUUGAAGAACGAAGGCAACAAAAGGGCUGCACAACUCUGAAAACUCUGCCAGUCUGUGCCUAAAGAGAGUUUUUUUGUGCAGUUUGAAGAACGAAGGCAACAAAAGGGCUGCACAACUCUGAAAACUCUGCCACUCUAUGCUCAAAAACAGUUUUUUGCAAUUUGACUAACACAGGCAUCCUCAAGAAAGGCAAACAUUUCUCAGACGAGCAAGAAGAAGAAAAAGUAAGAAAAAUGCUGUGCCCCUGGCAAGUAUUCUUAAAAGCCCGCAACAACAAGAACAAGUCGUUUGAUGUCACCGACGUUAAUAAUAACGCAACAGGAACGUUUAAGUACACGGACCAGAAUGGCCUUAAGAAGCUAAGCAAAAUAAAUGAGAAAGGAAACCAAAUGUCCCCCAAGACCACAGAUCAGGACCCUCAAGCUAAACAUAUUACUUCACUGUCUAAUAUACCAAGAUGCCCAAUGUAUCAGAGAGUGAAGAACUGGGAAGAUGGAGGAGUUUUCCAAGAUACCUUACACAAUUCAGCAGUGAAGAGCUUAAGCUGCAAAUCCAAAGUUUGUCAAGGUUCCAUGAUGUUUUCAAAAGAACUUACCAGAGGUGUUAGGGACAAGCCAACCCCUCCUGAGGAACUCUUACCACAGGCUAUCCAGUUUGUCAACAAGUACUACAAGUCAUUUAAAGAACCAAAAGUAGAAGAACACUUGGCUCGAGUGGAAGCUGUCACCAAAGAAAUUGAAGAUACAGGAACUUACAAACUGACUUACUCAGAACUGACUUUUGCAGCAAAAGAAGCCUGGAGAAAUGCCCCAAGAUGUAUUGGGAGGAUCCAGUGGUCAAACUUACAGGUCUUCGAUGCACGUGACUGCAGAACAACUAAAGAGAUGUUUGAACACAUCCUUACCCAUAUCAGAUAUGCUACAAAUGGUGGGAAUUUAAGGUCUGCCAUAACUGUAUUUCCACAAAGGACUGAUGGAAAGCAUGACUUCCGUCUCUGGAAUAGCCAGCUCAUCAGAUAUGCUGGCUACCAAAUGGAAGAUGGAACCAUUUUGGGAGAUCCAGCUAAUGUAGAACUUACAGAGCUGUGUAUUUGUCUUGGCUGGAAACCCAAAUAUGGGAGGUUUGAUGUACUUCCACUUAUUCUACAAGCUAAUGGUCAAGAUCCAGACAUGUUUGAAAUUCCACCUGAACUAGUUUUAGAAGUAGAAAUGGAGCACCCAACGUAUGACUGGUUUAAGGACAUGGGCCUUAAGUGGUACGCACUACCUGCUGUUGCAAACAUGCUCCUGGAAGUUGGUGGACUUGAGUUUCCUGCAUGCCCAUUUAAUGGCUGGUAUAUGAGUACAGAAAUUGGCGUUCGAGACUUCUGUGAUGUACAGAGAUAUAAUAUGUUAGAGAAAGUUGCAAAGAGAAUGGGAUUGGAAACUAACAAGGUGUCAUCUUUAUGGAAAGAUAAAGCUGUUGUAGAGAUAAAUGUUGCUGUUCUUUACAGUUUUCAGAAACAGAAUGUCACCAUAAUGGAUCACCACUCUGCUGCAGAAUCAUUCAUGAAGCAUAUAGAAAAUGAAUUCCGACUCCGUGGAGGCUGCCCUUCAGACUGGGUUUGGAUCGUACCACCAAUGUCUGGAAGUAUUACCCCAGUGUUUCAUCUGGAAAUGCUCAAUUAUGUCCUAACACCCUUCUAUUACUACCAGAUUGAACCAUGGAAGACACAUGUGUGGCAUGAUGAAACAAAAAAGCCAUUGAAGAGGAAAAUUAAGUUAGCUGUUGCAGCAAAAACUGUGUUUUUUGCGUCUUCAUUAAUGAGAAAGAUAAUGGCAGCGAGAGUGAAAGUGACAAUACUGUACGCCACAGAAACAGGCCGCUCCGAAACAUUUGCAAAGAAACUCGCUACUAUGUUCAACUGUGCCUUCAACGCCAAGGUUUACUGCAUGGCAGAUUAUACUUUCAGCAAUUUCGAUGAGGAGACCUUGCUGUUGGUGGUAGCAAGCACAUUUGGGAAUGGGGAUUCCCCUGGCAAUGGCGAGAAAUUUAAGAAGCACUUAUUUUCCAAAAAAGAGUUAAAGAACAAGUUCAGGUAUUCAGUGUUUGGCCUUGGAUCCCGUAUGUACCCCGACUUCUGUGGUUUUGCACAUGAUAUUGACAGAAAGUUUGCACAGCUUGGAGCAGUACAGAUUGCACCCACAGGAGAAGGGGAUGAACUUGCUGGGCAGGAAGAAUCUUUUAAGGCCUGGGCAAUAACUGCCUUUAAGAUGGCUUGUAAGAUAUUUGGCAUCAGUGGCAAACUCAAUAUUCAGUUACCGAGUUCUGAAUAUAACAGUGAUGUCUGGGAUCCUGCAAAACAUAGGAUUGUAAGUGACGUUCAUCCUAUGGACAUGAUAAAAGCACUUUCUCAUGUACAUUCAAAGACUAUCAUUCCAAUGCAACUGAAAUCAAGACAAAACCUCCAGAGUCCAGACUCUAGCCGCUCUACAAUCCUAAUUAAAAUGUCGUGCCCAGAUGUGACAGAGCUGCAGUAUUCACCAGGAGAUCAUGCUGCUGUUUGCCCUGGAAAUCAGGCAGAACUAGUCAAUCGUUUGAUAAAGCAUUUGCAAGAUGCUCCUCCAUGCAACAAGUGCAUCCAGCUAGAAACCAGCACUGACAAUGGUCACUGGCUUGAAAACAAAAACAUACCAGCAUGUACACUUACACAAGCACUGACUUAUUUUGUGGAUAUCACUACACCACCAACUAUGCAACUGCUGAAAAAACUCUCACAGCUGGCAACAGAUACCACAGAGAAGAAGACGUUAGAAGAGCUUUCACAGAAUGCUAAAGACUAUAAUGAGUGGAAAUCCUUCAACAGCCCUACAAUUCUUGAAGUCCUAGAGGAGUUUCCAUCCAUCCAGAUGCCUACCACAUUUCUGCUGACACAACUUCCACAGCUGAAACCCAGAUACUACUCUAUCAGUUCUUCCCCAGACAGGACACCUGGGGAAAUCCAUUUAACAGUUGCUGUAGUGAACUACAGAACUCAAGAUGGGAAAGGUCCACUUCAUCAUGGAGUCUGCAGUACCUGGCUAAACUCAAUAAAAAACAAUGAGAUUGUUCAUUGUUUUGUACGAAGUGCAAAAGGCUUCCAUUUACCAAAAGAUUCAGCUAAGCCAUGUAUUUUGAUUGGCCCUGGAACUGGAAUUGCUCCAUUCCGAAGUUUUUGGGAGCAGCGACUUUUUGAAAUGGAACAUAAAGGUGUCAAUGCUUCUGGCUUCUUGUUAUUGUUUGGUUGCCGACAAUCAAAUGUGGACCACAUUUAUAAAGAAGAAACUCAGCUAAUGAAAAAAAAAGGCAUCAUGAAAGAGAUAUACACAGCGUAUUCUAGAGAGCCCAACAUGCAAAAGACCUACGUUCAGGAUAUUCUCAGAAAUCAAUUGGCAUCAGAAGUGCAUACAAUUCUUCAUCAGAAUGAAGGCCAUAUCUACAUCUGCGGGGAUGUGAGGAUGGCAAAAGAUGUUGCUGACACUUUGAAAGGCAUAGUAGCUAAGAAGCUGGGACUCAACAUGGAACAGGCAGAUGAAUACCUCAUGCAGCUUAAGAUCCAGAAAAGGUAUCAUGAAGAUAUUUUUGGAGCAGUAUACCACAAAUAAAGAGAUUUCUUAAGGAGUGCAGUGACAAUUACUAUUAAAUGCUUUUCUGCUGAGAAUAUGUGCCUUUAUUAUAACAUGCAGCAUGGGCUAAGUGAUCACAUGCUUCUUGGUUACUCGCAAUAUUUACUGCAAAAAAAUAAAACUGCUUGAAGAACUUGCGUUUUUCUCAGCAGCAUUGCCAGGAAUGGAUUUCGACUUCCUGUAGUUCGGGGGCAGGCCCCAAAGCAAAGUGAUCUGAAACACUUGGACUGUAAAAGUUGGUCUCCUGGCAUGCAGCCAGUGCUGUUACAUAUUUGACUUUACUAAUGAAUAUCUAAGGAAGAAGAGCUGCACUGUUCUUCAAUCCAGAAACGUCUGUAGCAGCAGCAGGUACCGUCACUGUCACUGCAGCUGAUGGCUGGAUUCCAACAAAUAGCUGGUGUAACAGAUGGCAUUUGAAGAUGCAAGACAUUAUACACAGAUGAAGAAAACAGUGGAAGGGAUGCUUCAUGGCUGAAAAUCUCUGAAACCUUUGUAAUGUCUGUUCCAGGUCUAUUUGAUAUGCAUGGAGAACUGCAAAUCUCAGUACUAAAAACUAUCCUGUCUAACCAUUGGGAUGCUAAGCUUUCUUUUUAAUACCUCUGUCUGAUAUUCUGGUUUCUGCCAUUAAAACUAGAUGUAAAUAACACAGAUAAUAUAUUAUAUGUGACAGCGGAACAGUUUCUGUGAUACCAGUUUACCUUAUCCAAACAGAUCCAUUAUCAAUGCAAUAAUUUCUAGUGAAGUAAUACUUCUAUAUAUUUUUAUAGGUAUUUAAAACAAACACAGUUAUACCUCUUCCCCCUCCUCUCUUCUUCCCCAUGUAUGUAUGUAUGUGUAUAUAUGUGUAUAUCUAGGUAUGUGUAUAUUUGUAUAUGCUGUAGAAUGUAAGUUAUUUCAAAUGAAGAAAAAAACUUGUGCUUGAAAGAAAUAAUAACAUAAAAGUACAAAUCUACUUCUAAAGAUAUGCCUCUCCUAUUAUGGAGAAAGACAUAGUGACAAUGUCAUUUAAUUUAUUUUUAUUUUUAUCACCAUAACAUAUAAAGUUUUUAUUUGUCUUAAUCACUGGAAUGGUGAUGUAUAAGUUAGUAGGUAAAAUUCAUAUUUAAAUGUAAGAAAACAAUGCUAGAGAAAACAUUUUUCUCUGGUGUGGAAGUAGCCACGCUGUGGCAUAGAGGAACAAAGCCCUGACUACACUGCAGAUGACUCAAGUUCAAACAGCAGCUUGAGCACAUGUAGGAACUGGCAGGGGGGGGGGAUAUGGGUGAGCAGAUGGUGAUGGCUCACCCCUCCCUGGGGGAGGGAUGCAGCUUUGGCUCUCCACUUGGGUGACACCUAGCAAGAGAACUGAGUGUCGACACUGUGGAGCUCAGGUCUAUCAAAUCCAGGUCUAUCGAGCCCACACUGAAAUGUGCAAGUCAUAUUGGGAGGAGAGGGGACCCCUCAAAGGGAAAUAAUUGUGGAGCUCAGAAGAGACGGCUAAGGGAAUGGGGGUACUCUACCAGGGAAAAUUAUGGGCCACUCCACAGGACCAGCUAAGCUGAUCCACUCCCUACCACCCAAUACCUGCCACAAGUAGAUGAGCUUGUGGGGGUUCCUGGAUAGGAACAAAUGAGUUGUAUGGCUCUCACUUGACCCAGAGCCCCUGUCCGGCAUGAUCGCAGCAUAAAUGGACCAAGUGAAUACAGUUAGAGUAAAAUUCUGGCUUGGCUCUGAAGGGAUACAUUAAAAAAAAAAAAUACGUUGGCACAAGAAAAAAGGGCCAGUUUUGUUUCUAGAUAGCAAAAUGUGUUUUAAAAGUGUAAAUUAUAUCAAUAAUUGAAUAUAAAGAUUUAAUACUAAACUUUUCUGUUGUACUUAUGUGACCUUAAUAAGCUUACACAAUAUUUAAAAAAAAAUACUGUAAACCCAUGUUGUUACAUUCUGUUUACUGAAGAACAUAUUAGAACUCCAGUGUCUCAGUGAUGCAUGGUAUUUCAAUUCUCUGAUUUUUUGUACUAUUUCUCAUGUAAUCACAUGAGUAACUAUGUCGAAAUUAUAAUCAUUCCAUCACUUACACUGGCUUAUUCCUGGCAGUUAUUCCUAUCAACUGUCAGAUGCUAUAAAUGGAACAAAAUACUACGAAAUACAACAGAACCACAUCACCUGGGCACUGAGGAGCUAAAAGGCAAAGAGCUUUAUUGGAUCUCACCCAAAAAAAUUUCUCUAAAAGACAUCAUUUUUUUUCUACAGAUACCUCUUAUGCUUGGCAUUUAGUGACUGUAACUCAUUCCAUUGCUCAAAUGCUUUUUUUUCUGUAAGUAAAGUCUCCUUUUUCAUACAAAACUUAUGUGCUGAAACAUUUGUAAUGAAUUUAUGGUGAGAUAAAGUUUUGUACUUCCAAAUAAAAUUGAAUGGUAUGUGCAA